AUGGAUUCUAUUGUAUCAGUUGCUAAAUUCAAGUUUCAUAAGAGUACAAAUGUCUUUAAAGUGAAACCAAAAGUGAGACAAAUAAUCAAGACACCCAAUAUAGAUCCUAAUGUAAUUCAAACAAUUGACUCAGACUCUGAUGAUGAUGAUUGUAAAAUUAUAUCAGAUCCACAACCAACAACUAUAAAUUCAGUUGGAGAUAAGCCAUCUACAGAGAGUAGAAAGAGUGAACUAAUUUGUGUUGAGAAUGAGCUACCUAAAAAUGAAAACUCGCAACAAAAUGCUGCAGUUCAAGAUAAUGAGAUGUCAAAACCACCUUCAGAAAACCCAGCCAUUGAAAAUACAAAUGAUACCAUUCAAGCUGAUAAGAUUUCAUCUGAAGAUAAUGUUACACAGUUAAGUGAAAUAGAGCCUGAAUCACAAAAAUCAACGAAUGAAGAAACUACUUGUAACAUAUUGGUAAAUGCCAUCUCAAACGUUAAAGAGCAAACACUUAAAGAACAAGAACAAGUUUCAGAAAUUCCUGAAGAUAUUGCAAAUGAACAAAUAGAACUUCAUAAUAGUGAAAAUCUGGAACAUGCUGGUGAUAACAGCAUAAUAUCUGACACAACUGAACAGUCAAACAAUGCGGUUAUUACUCAUGAUGACAAUACUAAUAUUGACAUGCAAGAUGAUACUUCAAAUGUCAAUAGUGUAACAAGUGAUGUUGGGAUUAUUAGUGAAGUUACUUCUGAUAAUGAGGUUGGAAACCAGGUACAAACAAUAGACAAGGAUGAUUCCACUAAUCAGAAAGAAAAAAAUGAUGACCAAGGUAUAAUUAAUGUUAAUACUGGUGACGAUUAUAAUAAUAUUGAGGCAUAUCCGUCAAAUGAUACUGAACCAGAAACAGUAUUAAGUGAAAUCAAUAAUCACAAUAAAGAUAUUGUGCAAAUGGAAACAAAUAUUCGAUCUAACAUGGGGGCAGUUGAUAGCCAUUUGAAUAAUAAAAUUUUAGGCGUUCAUGAAAACUCAAUGACAUUAGAAAUUAAUGAAUCAAUUUUAAACAAUAGGACUACUGGUUUGGAAACUGAUACUAUUAUUGGUAACAAGCAUUCUAACAUUGCAGAUGCUACUGAACAAGCUUUAAAGAAACUAGAAUGCGUUAUUGGUUUAGAAGAGAUGAACCAGAAUAUUGAGAGCAUAAAUGUUGAAGAGAAAAUAGAAUGA